GUGCAGCUGCGGAGAGCAGUUUUUUUCUGUCACAGCGUGCGUUUUUUAACCUAAAAAUCAUGCGUUUUGUGCUAUUUACAUAUGCUUCUCAUGUAAUGUAUUUAUGGCGUACUAUUGUUAUUAAUGUAUUAAUAAAUCAAAAUAAUAAAGAGUAAUGCUGAAUCUCUUAAACAGUUUAUAAAUCGUCUACUACUCAUAUAAAGUGAUAAAUUAUGAAGGAGCCUACAACAAAACAAUUACAGCGAUUGGAAAAGAAGAAGGCAAAGAUGGCAGCAUUUUUGGAAAUUGCAAGACUCAAUGAUAAAGAUAAGGAAACAAAAAUGGAAGCUUUGAAACAGAUAGUUGCCACUGAUGGAUCUAGCAAUCUAAACGAUAGUAACAUGGCAGGAGACAAUUCUACUCGUAAGCGAUCUUGUGAGAAAAAUUCAGAUGUUACAUGUUCGGAAAUUUGUAAAGAGGAAAAUGUCCCUGAUAAGUCAGAAUUACAGGAUAAUAAUAAAAAACCCAGAUUAAGUGAUAGCAAGCAAUAUGCGAAUUUGAAGGAAGAACUUAGAAAACGUAAAAAGAGGCUUCAAGCAAUUCCAAGACUCACUCUCAAAGCAGUCGGCGAGAAUGCUACUCUGAAUAUUCGAAAUAUGGAAAAGAGGAUACCGAUAUUUCUUAGCGACAUACAGCAUCUUCUGUUAUAUUCACUGCUCGGGCAUCAUUCGCCCUACUUACCAGCGAGAUGGUGUCAACUUGAGAAGUAUAACAAAAUAAGCCACACCGUCGUCUUCGUGCUUGAAGGUUUGUCUUCAUAUCAUUACGUGGCUUAUGAGAGCAUGUUCCCACAUAUAGUAAGUAACUUAAAGCACCGUUUAGAGGUGAUAACGCCUACUGUUUAUGGAGCGUCCAUAACCGAAGAGCUCGCAGCUGUUCCUUUAACAGGAACUCAAAGCGAUAAACUAAUUAAACAAUAUGGCUCCUUAGAAACUGCUUUACAAACAAAUGGAAAUGUCAUAAAAUUGCUAAGAAGUGUAUUUCCAAUGCAUUCGAUAAAUAGCGAUGAAAAAUUUCCUACAAAAAACAGCUCCAACAGAACUUUACCACCGACAGAUAAAUUUUGUAGAACAAAACUGCUUUUGUCAUUAUGGCAGAUGGUAGAGGAAAACUAUCCCGUGCCUCUAAAAGGAACAUUAGCAGAAAGAUACGGCUCGUAUAUAUUAACAAAAGAUGUUUAUAAAGAAGCCACAUCGACAUCGCCAAUGUUCGGUUUGGAUUGCGAAAUGUGCCUAACAACAAGUGGUAAUCUGGAACUUACUAGAAUAAGUAUUGUGGAUGAGAGCAUGAAUGUUAUUUAUGACAGUCUGGUGAAACCAGAGAAUACGAUAACGAAUUAUCUGACUCGGUACAGCGGUAUUACUGAGGAUAUGCUAAAUGAUGUCACGGUUACAUUGCACGACGUUCAGCAGACACUGAGGUCGUUACUUCCUCCGGACGCAAUUCUUGUAGGACAAAGCUUGAAUUCCGAUUUGCAUACGUUAAAAAUGAUGCAUCCUUACAUCAUCGAUACCUCCGUAAUAUUCAAUCUUACUGGGGACAGAUAUAGGAAAACAAAAUUGCAGAUUUUGGCACGUGAAUUCCUCGAGGAAAGCAUUCAAGACAGUAAAGCUGGGCAUUGCUCGACAGAGGACUCAAAGGCUUCCAUGAAAUUGGUGAAGUUAAAAUUAUCGAACAGCGUGGAUUACGGGGACGCCGUGUUGCUCGGUGAUCGCAGCAUGAAAGUCUUGAAAAUGGAAACGGACAACGAGAAAACGAAGCGAGCAUUGCAAAAGACAGAAAUAAAGAAAUAUGCCACAUCGAUAUUUAGUCAUAUAACGAAAAAUAAAGGCACAACUGCCGCCAUUGUGGGUAACGAUGAAGUGAUGUCCGAAUAUUCCAAGUAUUUAACGAACUCGUCUCUCAAUGUCAUGGACGACGAAAGUUUUGCGAAGGAUGAUCAAGUUAGUACGCAAUUAUAGACAAUAUUAAACGUU